CUUUUCUCGUUUUGCUUUGAAUAUUUGAAGUGGGUUUGUUGCUUUCACCUUCACUUCAGAUUGUAAUUUUGUACUUUAGUUUGUACUUUCAGGGCAGAACGCACGUGCUUCUUGUCCUUUGCUUGUAGCAGGAAGCCAACACCCAUUCUGUGUCAAAGCGGAGACGUUUUGAAGCGAGUGAGGAAACACUGAGGGAGCUUGAGUGCAGCGCCAUGGUGUAAUUUCGUCUGUUUCCGAGAGAACGGCUUGUGUUUCACAACCACGAUGGGUUGUGGCAGGUGGUGCGGCCUUGGGCUAUUGCCGGUGGCUCUAAUGGUCACGUUGUCGUGUUCUUUUCUGACGACGUUUAUCAUAGCCUGGAAGGAAGGCCACAUUGAUCCGGCGUUUCCCUAUAUUAGUGAUACGGGAGCUGACCCGCCGGAGAGCUGUGUCUUCACCUUGAUGCUUAGCCUUUGCUCAUUCUUAGUAUUUUGUAUCGUUUUUGUACGCUACAAGCAAGUGGCUGAGUAUAACAAGCAGGAUGUGCUUCGCGUACUCAGACUUAACCGAUGGGGAUCAUACGUGGGCUACCUUGCUGCAUUCGGCAUGCUAGUGGUGGCAAGUUUUCAGGAGAUUUACGUUGGUGUCGUGCAUCUGACGGGAGCCACAAUGACGUUCGCCGGAGGUGUAGUUUAUGGCAUUAUGCAGUGCGUCAUGACGUAUCGCAUGCAGGCCGGGCAGACAACGAUGCAGCGAGGUCGCCUGCUCCUGGUGCGUAUGGUCAUCAACCUCCUCACCGCCAUCUGCUUUGUGAACACCAUGGUCUUCAUGGCCGUCAGCCAUAAACAGUUUCACGUGGAGAACAACUAUCAUCUGAACGCUUCCAUGCACUGGAAGAAAGGUGACGGGGGUUAUGAAGCGCAUAUUGCCAGCACUGUGUCCGAGUGGGCGAUGGGUUUCCUCUUCGCCAUCUUUUUCCUGACCUUCUUCAAAGAGUUCCAGCGCAUUAAUCUAGACGUGCACAUUCGGCUGCGCCUCCACGAGGACUUCUCAUUCGGAGUUGACCGGCAACCGUUGAACGAGGGCAUUGCUCGCUUGGAUGAAGAAAAUAACCAUGGCGAUGAUGGAGUGUGGUAAUGCAACUGUACUGCUACAUAUCUUUUCUCUUAAAAUGAUCUUGCUAAUUUUUUUUGACCGGAAUUGUAAUUUUAUUUUUACCGCAAAACCAAUAGUGGCCUAAUCCUAGAUCCUGUGGCUUCUCACUCUAGCCGUGAACUGUGAUGAUCUGUUUGAAAUUUUUUCUUUUUUUUUCUUCCACUCGCUUGAAUUACUCUGGAGGGGAACCACUCAUGAGUUCGAGUCAUAACACACACAACGUACAUAUACUGUAGCCUGUAAAUCUUUUGAGUCUCACCGUUUUGACUAGCCUUUUUAGUACGUGUCCCGUACAUGCAUCACUAUCAUACCUGUCGGGGUCCCGUACAUGCAUCACUAUCAUACCUGUCGGGUCUCGAGUAAACACAGUAGUAGUACAUGGCGUCUUCUUUUUAUUACCGGUAGGACAUGUUUUCUAUUGCCAGCGCAGUUUGUCAUGGGCUCUUUGUUUGAAGUAGGUUGCUUCUCUCUGGAUACGGUCCUGGAGAUAUUUUGUUGGCUCUGCAACAGUUUUAACUCGGUGCCUUUCAGCACUAUUGAGCACAUUAAUUUUAUGUUCCCUGA